CUGAAAACGGUUUCAGUCGAAGACAAAGCGGCCAAUGGAUUUUAGCCAGGUUCUGGAAAAGUGUGGAAACUAUGGGAGGUUUCAAGUAGUGAUUCUGCUGCUGUAUGGCUACACAAAUAUCUUAGGAUCCCUGCACUACUUCUCGCAGACUCUCAUCACAUUUACACCCGAGCAUUGGUGCUCCCACGUUGACCUCGAGGAUCUCAGUGUCAAGGAGCUUCGAUCAGUAUAUGCAAACACCUCCGCCCCAGCAUGUACACCCCUUCUGGGCGUGGUCGACGGCAUGGGCGUAGUAGCAGAGGGACGUUAUUGCAGGGAUUGGAUUUUCAAGAGAGAAAGUGGCUACGAAAGCAUCACCACUGAGCUCAAAUGGGUUUGUGACAAAGCGCAUCAUCCAGCAGUUGGGCAAUCCUUCUUCUUCAUGGGAUCCGUGGUGGGCACUUUAACUUUUGGAUAUCUCUCUGAUCACAUUGGUCGAUUGCCUUCCCUGCUAAUGUCCACCUUGUGUGGAGCCACGGGUGACUUUAUUACAUCCUUUGUGUACACAUUGCCCUGGUUUGCCUUCUCCAGAUUUGUGUCGGGAUUAUCUACGGAUACCAUGUACUAUCUCAUGUACAUCUUGGUAUUUGAGUACCUGAGUCCCCAGAGUCGCGCCUUCGGUCUCAACAUCAUCUUGGCCAUCUUCUACUGCUUUGGACUAAUGACUUCUCCAUGGGCUGCCAUUUGGAUUGGCAACUGGCGUCACUAUCUCUGGUUGGCAUCUUUACCAGCUCUUGGAGUUCUGAUAUAUCCCCUGUUAAUCUGCGAAAGUGCUCAGUGGCUGCUGACCAAGAAAAAGUACGGCGAGGCAGUGUCCUGCCUGAAAAAAGUGGCCAAGUUUAAUGGCCGGCAGGUGGAAGAGUCUGUCUUCGAUGAGUUCGUCAAAUUUUAUCGCAAAAGGGCUCAUCAGGAGUCCAAGCUAAAUAGUCAGGAGGACACUUUUCUAGCCAUGUUUAUAACCCCUCGUCUGCGUCGAUUUACACUAACAUUGCUGCUCAAGUCAGUUAUCAUAACCCUCUCGUGCGAUGUGAUCAAUCGAAAUAUGGAGGGUCUGGGUACUUCGCCCUUCAAACUCUUCUCUCUCACCUCGAUCGUUUACUUGCCCGCAGGAGUAGCCAUCCUUCUCCUCCAAAACAAAAUUGGGCGCAAGGGCACGGCCUGCUCCGCACUCUUUGUGGGUGGACUCAUUACCACGACGACGGGUUUCCUGAUAGCCCGCUUGGAUGCCACAGAGAACGCAGUUCUGCUGGCCAUAAUGAUCGGCCUGGGUCGAUUUGGAGCCACCGUUUCUUACGAUGCGGAAAUCCAGUAUGCGGCGGAGAUCAUACCAACCAGUGUUCGAGGUCAAGCGGUGUCCAACAUCCAUGUGGUGGGAUUGGCCUUCAGUUCGCUGGCUUUCUAUGUGAUUUACCUGGCACAGUACUACAAACCUCUUCCCUCAAUCUUCAUGAGCUGCCUGAUGUUCCUCGGUGCAGGUCUCUGUCUCACUUUGCCGGAAACCAUUGACAAGAAACUGCCCGAAACCUUGGCGGAGGCGGAAAAGUUUGCUUUGGACGAGAGCUUCUUUUACUUUCCCUGCUUUCACAAAAAAGGUGCAAAUUUUAAGGUUGAGAGUAUAUAAUUCAAAAUGAGACGACUGACUUAAGUAAAGAAGGAGUUAAAAUAACAAUUAUUUAUUUUAAAACGAUCAUUGUACAUUUAUCAUUGUUAUAUGCAAUGAUAAAGACCAUCGCAAAGACUGAUUAAACAUAAAGUUGAAAAUGCUGUUGAAAGUUGAAAAAAAAUUUUAUUUGAAAAAAUAUAUAUUUAUUUCAAGCCUUUCUCGAUUCCUAAUUGGAUUAUAAAUCAACUCUUCGAAAAACGAACCUUUCCCAACCGAUUUGAUUUCAGUUCAAACUCAAGCAUGCGAAACAAUUAUACAUACGAUAGAACACUUUUUACAAAACAAGUCAAAUUACUCGUUUUUUGUAAGUGAAAAUCACUACAAUUUUCUUUCGUGACAAACAAUAAACCAACCAGAUAUCGGGCAAAAAAGUUGCAGCCAAAUUAAAAGAUACCAAUAAUCUAUAAGCCUAUCUGCAUGUCAUUUUAAAAGCUUUACUUGUUUGUACGUCACAUUCCAAAUCGUAACUAUAAUAACUGUAAAUAAACAGCAUUGCAUGCCUGCAAUCACCGACCUCAAAAAUCUAUAUUUAUCUCCUCAUCAUAGCAGUCAGCAAUAACAAAGGCC